UUUCUAUUCAAUAUAUUGUCACACUAUUCUCGAACUCUAUUCAUAUAUACAUCGACAUCGUAUUGAAGAUUCUACCAAACAUAAAAAUUUUUUUUUUCAAAAUUACAUAAUUUUUUUUUUUUCACUGAUGUAAUAUUAGUUCUCUUUUAUAAAAAUUUAAAUAUAGAUAUUGAUCGCUUAUAUUUUUUCCAAAUAUAUAUAGUAGCGAGAAAAAUCAUUAUUAACCAUGGCCUUGAAAAUUCGUGUGGAUUCAACAAAAGUGAAAUAUACCGAAGAAUACAUUGAAGCUGAAUAUGACUAUCAAAUUUCUAAAGUUAUUAAACACGAAGAUUUAUCAUAUUUUACUGUCAUACCUGAAUCAAAAACACUUUUAAUUCGAACGGAAUUGAAACUUCCAAAGUUGGGAUUAAUGCUUGUUGGCUGGGGUGGAAAUAAUGGUUCAACAAUAACUGCUGCUUUAUUGGCCAACAAACAGAAACUCUCGUGGGAAACAAAAGAUGGAAUUCAAACUGCAAAUUGGUAUGGUUCUCUGGUUCAGGCGUCAACAAUGAAAUUGGGAACAAUGGAUGGCGAAGAUGUUUAUGUACCAAUGUCAUCGAUGUUGCCAAUGAUAAAUCCAGAUGAUAUUUUAAUCGAUGGAUGGGAUAUUUCGAAUUUAAAUUUGGCGGGCGCGAUGGAACGUGCCAAAGUAAUUGAUAUUAAUUUGCAAAAACAAUUGAAAAAUGAAAUGUCACAAAUGCUACCGAGGAAAAGUAUUUAUUAUCCCGAUUUCAUUGCCGCUAAUCAGGAAAAUCGUGCCAAUAACAUUCUAGGCGGUACAAAAAAAGAGCAAUUAAAUAAAAUUCGUGAUGAUAUAGUUGAUUUUAAAUUGUCCAAAAAUUUGGACAAAAUCAUUGUUCUUUGGACAGCGAACACUGAACGAUUCAGUGAAAUAAUUCCUGGCGUUAAUGAUACCUCUGACAAUUUAUUGAAAGCAAUUGAUAACAAUCAUCCGGAAAUUAGUCCAAGUACAAUGUUUGCUGUUGCAUCCGCAUUGGAGGGAUGUACGUAUAUAAAUGGUUCACCUCAAAAUACAUUUGUACCGGGAGCAAUGGAAUUGGCCGAAAAAUUGAAAACAUUUAUUGCCGGUGAUGAUUUUAAAUCGGGUCAAACAAAAUUAAAAUCAGUUCUUGUUGAUUUUCUCGUCUCAGCUGGAAUUAAACCAGUUUCAAUUGUAAGCUACAAUCAUUUAGGCAAUAAUGAUGGAUAUAAUCUUUCAGCGCCUCUUCAAUUCAAAUCUAAAGAGAUAUCAAAAAGUAAUGUAGUGGACGAUAUGGUAAAAUCAAAUGGAAUUCUAUAUAAGCCAGAUGAAAAACCAGAUCAUUGCGUUGUAAUUAAAUAUGUACCAUAUGUGGGCGACAGUAAAAGAGCAAUGGAUGAAUAUACUUCAGAAUUAAUGUUGGGUGGUCAUAAUACAAUUGUUGUUCACAAUACAUGUGAGGAUUCACUAUUGGCGAGUCCAAUAAUUCUUGAUUUAGUUAUACUUGCUGAAUUAUGUUCAAGAAUAACAUUUAAAACGGCCGAUUUGCCCGAGGAGGAAUUUUCCACAUUUCACAGUGUUUUAAGUUUACUUUCAUAUCUUUGUAAAGCGCCACUUGUACCUAAGGGUACACCAGUGAUUAAUGCUUUAUUUAAACAAAGAAAUGCCAUUGAAAAUAUUCUCAGAGCAUGUCUUGCAUUGCCACCCGAUAAUAAUCUUCUAUUAGAACAAAAAUUGGCAAUGCAACUUUAGAAAUUAAAUAAUUGUUAUUUUUGCUUAAUUUUUUUUUAAACACGUCUUAUAUGUGACAUACUUUAAAAUAAAAGGACCUAAUUUAUAGCUUAAUGAUAGUUUGUGGAUCAACUAAAAUAUUCAAUAAUUGUUACAUAUUAAAUGCCCAAGAAGCACGUAAUAUAACCUCAAUAUCAAGGUAAUACAGUAAGAUUCGUAAUAUAACGUUGUAAUAUUACAGUAAUCUUACAGUGAUCUUAAAAUGUCCGCCUCAAGGUAAUAUUACCGGUAAUGUUACUGUAAUAUUACGCGCUAAUAUUAAGGUAAUAUUACAGUAAUAUUGCAGUAAUAUUAUACCGUAAUAUUAAGGUAAUGUUACAAGAAAAUAUUACAGUAAUAUUAUGGGAAUAUUUCUUUACGAAAAAAAUCUACCCAUCCAGGGAAUCGAA